UACUGCAUGUAUGACCUGGACAAAAAAAAUUACCCAGAGAUCCAGACAAAACAAGCAAAACAAAAAAUGAAUGUUUGACAUUAAAAUGAAAUACAAACAUUUAAAAUAUACCAACCACACAGGAACAUGUUUAAAUAGAUUUACGUGGAGUAGUUGUGGUUUGUAUGGUAUUGUGAAGGCAAGAUGCUUCCUGUUCCCAUACGUUUAAGUGAAACAUCUGCAGCUUUGCACCAACCUUGAGUUUCCACUGCAACGCAUGAACGUGAUCUAGUUUACUGCAGCAAAACUAUCAGCAGAUGAAUUAAUCAAAGUGUUGAGAAAGACACUGUGAUUCAUUAACAUGGAUGAUAUCAAUAGUCUGACUGUGAAAAAUCACUCAGGCUAUCUCAGCAUAAAUUGUUUGGAUCUGUAGGAAAUGUUAAUUAGGUAAAAAACAACCAUCAGGGAAUUACUAGAAAUGUGUUACCCCCUCUACUAUUUCAUUCAUUUUCAAAAAAAAUUAUAUUUCUUGAAUGUAAAUUCCCAAAAACAUUAAUAAUGAAGAUAAUAUUAAAUAUAAUUUGAAUAUACUGUUUAAUGCAUAUAUUUCCUAUUAGCUCAUUGUGACCCAGUCUGUGUAAACACAUCUUAAAGGUGCAGUGUGUAAAUUUUAGCGGCAUCUAGUGGUGAGGUUGUGAAUUGCAACCAACGGCUUAGUCUACUGCUCACCCCUCGCUUUUGAAACACAAAGAAACUAUGGUAGCCGGCACCGGACAAACAUUUCAUCGUCGGAGACAACUUAGUAAAAAAAUUUCUGUAGAAAAAUGCCGGCACAAAAUGGCGACUUCCAUGUAAGGGGACCCUCGGUGUAUGUAGAUAAAAAGGUCUUGUUCUAAGUUAAUAAGCGCAUAACGGUUUAUUAUGAAAGAUCUUUAUACACCACUGAUAAUAUAGUUUUGAAUAUAAUUUUGCAUUUCUGUCACGAGAUCCUUCUAAAAAUUACACACUGCACCUUUAAGUCAUUUUUUGUGAUUAAAACCAAAAUGUAAAGAACAUUCUGAAAAACCUUGAUAUCUUUAAUAGGUACUAAGUAAGGUCAUGUCAAAGUGAAAUCAAUGUAAAAUAAAUGACUAAAAUCAAACUUUAAUCUCAUAAUUAGAUUAUGAGACUUUAGCCUGGAUUACAAGAUUUAAACAUAACCUUCAAAGAUGGUGCCAUGCAAAUCAGAAACUACACACCAAAGGAAGGCACAAUCUCAUUUCACAAUGCAUAAUAAUGCAUCAACACAUCUGUUAACCACAUUUUCCGGAGGCAGGUGCAUUGUGUGAAUGAGGUCCCACCCCUUGGGGAGGAGCUACUCUUAGUUUUUUACCAUUUGAUCAAUCUCACUGUCAUUUGUCAUUUAUAUAUUUAGGAAAAAAAUCUCCUGAAUGAAAGCCAAAACAUGGCACUAAUUCUUGUGUUGCUGUUUUUAAAUUUCAGACUCCAAGCCACCGUGACAAGUAUGAAUACCGGGACUCAGCUUGAGAUUAGGAAAGUAAAACUUGAAGAGCCGUUUACUUUAACUUGCACGUACAAUUGUUCCAGUGGCUUCACUCGUGGUUUCUGGAUAUGGGAAGAUAUACCUGCAUGUAACAACUGUGAAUGGAGUAAAAACUUUUCAAAAUCGGGAGAAACGUGCAGCCAAAUCUUGUACACGCCCUAUUUAAUUAUACAGCAAACGCGCUAUAACUAUUCUUGCUUGUCUGAAGAAAGCGAUCGCCCAGGCCUUCCUAGUAAAACAGAGCUUCUAGUAACAUUACAAGUUCAGGAUGAAUCUGAUAAACCUGUAACACCUCCUAAAGCACAAGGUUUAGGUCCAUCUCUAAGUGUGAAGAUGUACAGAAGUCACAUGGAGUCAGAUGAGGUGUUAACCUCAUUAUCCACCAUAGAAGUGAUGGCAGGAACUUCACUCAGACUUCAUUGUAUUGCCACCGACAAUAAACAGUGUGAGGGGCAGUGGGUCAGAGAAAACGGUUCAAUCCCCAGGUCACAAAAUUACACUGUGAUUCAGUGGAGUCAAAUUCAAGCAGAGGACGGGGGACAUUACAGGUGCCAGGCAAAGGGGAUUUGUAAUAGCCAUCCUAUAACUGUGGAAAUAGAGGUCAUCACAUCUGAUGGAUUCAUCUGGGCCAAGAUCUUUGCAGCUUUUGCAGUGUCUGCAAUAUUUGUCCUGGUGGCCCAUCUAGUAUAUCUGUGCUACAGAAGAGGAUGUAAGCUGAUGGAUACAACUAGCUCAGUGCAUGAAAGGGUUACAUCCAGAACUCCUGUGGUGAUGAGACCAACCGCUCAAGACACCCAGAGUGAUCAUGAAGUCCCUUACGCUGACAUUGUGAUCUCUGUGAGAGGAUCCAGCAAUCCAGAUCUAUCUGAUACCUUUGACCAGUCUUCAAAACAUCAAAGACCUAGAUGGAAAGAUGAGACGAGAGCAGGGCUACAUCACGCUACAUCUGACAGGCUGCUCAUUCACUCUAAAGAGGUCACCAGGAAAUUAAGCACAACAUCAGAAUACGCUGUAAUUACUUACUCAUGUGAGGCUCUUAGUUAGUUAACUCAACGAAUUGUUUAACUCUUAGAAAAAAGGUGGCAAAAUCAUCAUUUCUGUUCUCUUGUGUAUAUGUAAAAUGUAUGUGUGUGUUUGUGUGUGUGCACCAUGCUUAUAAAGUUGCUAAGUACUGCUGUUUUUAUAAUAAAAAAUACUUUUAUUACGGCAAAUAUAUCUUUAUAAAAAUACUUGUUUUACGGUAAAUAUAUCUUUAGAAAAAAUACUUGUAUUACGGUAAAUAUUUAUCAUUAGGCUGCACCAUGAAAUAUUUUACUUAAAUUCUUUUAUAUAUUUUCAUUAAAAAAAAUUAAACUGGAUUUGUACAUUUACAU